AUGCGGACUCCCUCAGCUGCUGCCCUCCUGGCCCUCCUCCCCAGCGCCCUCGCCAUCCCGGUGAGCGCUGACUCUCCCUCUCUGGAUGUCACCCUCACCCAGGUGGGCAACACCCGCGUCAAGGCGGUCGUGAAGAACGUCGGCAGUGAGGACGUCACCUUCGUCCACCUGAACUUCUUCAAGGACUCUGCCCCCGUCAAGAAGGUGUCCCUGUUCCGCGAGUCCUCCGAGGUUGCCUUCGAGGGAGUCAAGAAGCGCUUCCGGUCCAAGGGCCUGACCAAGGAUGCCCUCACCUCCCUGGCACCCGGUGCCGUCAUCGAGGAUGAAUUCGACAUCGCCAGCACCAGCGACCUCACUAAGGGUGGCUCCAUCACCGUCCGCACGUCCGGCCGCGUCCCCACCGCGAAGAACAGCGCCAUUGUCGGCUCCAUCCCCUACUCGUCCAACGAGCUGACCAUCACCGUCGACGGUGCUGAGGCUGCGAAGGUUGCCCACGCCACCAAGGACAUCGUCAAGCGUACUGAGAUGACCGAGUGCUCCGGUGAAAAGCAGUCCGCCCUCGAGACGGCCCUCAAGAACUCCGUCUCCCUGGCCACCAAGGCCGCCGCCGCUGCUGAGUCCGGCGACGACGCCCGCUUCGAGGAGUACUUCAGUACCACUGACGCCGAGACCCGCAGCACCGUCGCUGAGCGCCUGCAGGCUGUGGCCAAGGAGUCCGGCUCCACCACCAGUGGCAACACCCAGUACUACUGCGAGGAUACCCUCGGCUACUGUGAGCCCAACGUCCUGGCCUGGACCCUGCCGGCCCAGAACAUCAUCGCCAACUGCGACAUCUACUACUCGGAGCUGCCGGCUCUGGCCUCUGGCUGCCACGACCAGGACCAGGCGACUACCUCGCUGCACGAGUUCACCCAUGCCCCGGGUACUUUCAGCCCUGGUACCGAUGAUCUGGGUUACGGCUACGACGCCGCGACUGCGCUGAGCACGGAGGAUGCGCUGAACAACGCUGACUCCUACGCGCUGUUCGCCAAUGCUGUCUAUCUCGACUGCUAG